AUGGGUUCCUCUCUUCCAUAUGCUGCUGAUGCAGAAAGCCCACUGAAACCUGCCGAGCUACAAGUCCUACGAUCACAGUACGAGAAAGAGGGAGAACAUGUUGGAGUACAAACGAAGUUCAACUUUGCAUGGGGUUUGAUUAAAUCGAAUACCCGUCAAGAUCAGCAAGAAGGCGUCCGCCUCCUUUCAGACAUCUUCCGUACCUCCCCAGAACGCAGACGAGAAUGUCUGUAUUAUUUGGCACUGGGAAACUACAAGCUUGGAAACUACGCAGAGGCACGGCGCUACAACGAUUUACUGCUUGAGAAGGAGCCGGCAAACUUGCAGGCGAGUAGUUUAAGGGGCUUGAUUGAUGAUAAGGUUGCAAAGGAGGGCUUGAUGGGCGUUGCUAUCCUCAGUGGAGUUGCGAUUGCUGCAGGUGUGGUUGGAGGAAUGAUAUUCAAAGGAAUGGGAAGGAGGACGAGAUAG